CGCGGAUUAAGUUCCCGUCAGUUGAGCCUCAGGGUAUCGAGUCACUGGUCUGUACAGUUUCUCCGCUGCAAGUACAAUGGCUUCAAAAUCAAAAUCUUCUCAAUUUUGGGAGCAUUAUGGCUAUGAUUUGCUGUUGGGAUCAAUAGCUACUUUCUAUUUACUCAUGGUGCCGUACACCAAGGUUGAGGAAAGUUUCAAUAUUCAGGCUAUGCACGAUAUUCUCUAUCACCGGCAUCACUUGAAUAACUAUGAUCAUCUGGAAUUCCCUGGGGUGGUUCCUCGGACUUUCAUUGGUGCAUUGUUUGUGUCGCUUCUUGUGGCUCCAUUUGUGUUGGUUACGAGCUUGCUGCAAUUGCCGAAGUUUUACAGUCUUUUAAUGGUUCGAAUGGCUCUCGGGUGCAUCAUAUUGUAUACAUUAAGGUUCUUUCGCCGUCAGAUAAGAUAUAAAUAUGGGCAUCAAGUAGAAGCCUUCUUUGUGAUAUUUACUGCAAUUCAGUUUCACUUGCUGUUCUACUCUACACGCCCACUUCCUAACAUACUUGCUUUGGGUAUAGUCAAUUUGGCAUAUGGAUAUUGGUUAAAGGGGAACUUCUAUGCAGCUUUAAACUCUUUGAUUUUUGCGACUAUUGUGUUCAGAUGUGAUAUACUGUUACUUCUUUGUCCCCUUGGGCUACAGCUUCUUUUGACAAGAGAGAUUUCGUUAUGGGAUGCCCUGAAAUGCAGCAUUGGGAUGGCUUUUUUGAGUAUAGGUCUUACUGUGUUGAUUGAUUCAGUUUUCUGGAAGAGGUUAUUGUGGCCUGAAUUUGAAGUAUUUUGGUUUAACUCAGUGCUUAACAGGAGUUCUGAAUGGGGUACACAUGCUUUCCAUUGGUACUUCUCCUCAGCGCUCCCUCGUUCAUUGCUUGCUGCAUAUCCUCUUUCACUGCUCAGUCUUUUUCUGGACGGAAGGGUUCGAUCUUUUAUUUUCCCAGUUCUUUCCUUUAUUCUAAUUUACUCCAAGCUUCCUCACAAGGAGCUUCGUUUCAUAGUAAGUUCAGUUCCAAUAUUUAACCUGUCUGCUUCAAUUGCAGCUAACAGAAUUUACAACAAUAAAAAGAAGCCUUUUUGGAACCUGCUUUUCUUCAUUUUGUUGGGACUAUUGUCAGUCAGUGUAGGAUGCUCCAUUACAACUUUCAUGGCAUCAUACUGGAAUUAUCCUAGUGGGCAUGCCUUAAAAGAAUUGCAUCGAACUGGUGUUCUUAACGAUGCGAAUGAACAGUGGGUUCACAUUGACACCUUUUCAGCCAUGAAUGGUAUAUCCCGCUUUUGUGAAAGUGAUUCCCCGUGGAGAUAUUCUAAAGAAGAACACAUAAGCUUGCACGAAUUCCCCCUGAGAAAUUUUACUUUUCUCAUAAAUGAAUGCCCAGUGGUUGAUGGGUUCAAGUGUUUAUUCAGCGAAGAUGGGUUCAUUAGAGCCCGUUUUAGAUUUGAAUUUCCACCGAUUGCACUGGUUAAGGAGCCCAAAGUGUAUGUCCAUGGAAAUCAGGAAAACCAAAUGAUUGUUCAAAAAGAUUGGCCAGGGUGCUGAUGAUCCUUCUUGAUAGCUGAGUUUCUGAGCAGUUGAUUAGAAUUAUUGAUGGAGUUUAUUUGGAGUAAAUUUUCUCCUUUCGUAUAAAUAGUUGAUAUCAUAGCAUUUCAAAUUGACUUAUCAUUAUUGUCUUUCCAUAUUUUUAUUAAUACAUAUUUAAUACUUAUUCAGUUAUCAAAUUCUUGAUGCAUUCAUAUUGUA